AAUUUUGUUUUAUUUAAAAACCUUAGUUUUAUAAAAGUUUUGAAACUGAAGUAAUAUAUUUGUAUAUUCUACGAACUAUCGAUUACAUCGAAAUAAUUUUAGCGCACGAUUAUGUCAUCAAAUUACGUCAAAAUGAUAUAAAUCAUAAAAUAUCACUGUUAAUAACAUGUACGAUCUACCGGACAUCGUAAAAGUAUACGCUUAAAAUUAUGUGUUUGUAAAUUUCCGCAUAUUUUCUUUCGGUUUUGAAAGAAAUAAGAUAUUUCGUUACAAAAAUAUAAUUUUGAUCAUAGUAAGUUAUAAUAAUACAUACAAUAUUCUUAUCUUAUAUCGAAUUUUGCUUAAUUAUAUUAUAUUAUUAUUAGCAUAUAUAAUUUUCGAUCAUAAUAAUUUGUCCAUAAGGCGCACUAAUUAUAUAUACUAUAAUUAUAUUGUUAGAAAUUUCAAUUAUAUUUUAUACGCAGAUGGGAAGAGUCCCUAUAACGCCGCAGAUGUUACGCACAGCUGUAAAAGAACUACAAAUGCAUCAAUUGUUUGUUGAUUCAAAAGUUUUAGGGGAACAUAUACAGAGAUAUUAUCCUGUCGAAAGAGAUCUCGUCAUUUUCGAGCAGGAAUUACAAGAGAAAUUGAUGUAUGCCGUUUGCGUUGGACUGCUUGCGAAACAUGACAAGGACCAAUAUUACAUACCAAAUUUACGACAAGAGGCAAAUGCUAUUAAAACAGCGAUCUCUGCGUUUUGGGAAUUGUAUAAAAACGUAAAACAAAUAACAAAUUUCCUCGUACUAAUUUUUAUAUUUUACGGCAGAAAUCUUAUUUCCUGCAUUUCUUCAUUUAGAAUACUAGAUUACCGAAUACAAGAAACAAGACCCAUACUAAUCAAUCAGUACCACAACAGAGACGAAAAGAUUAUAUGAAUUCUAUUAAAAAUGAC